CUCGUCUUAGUUUUAUGGCUUGCAAGGCUCAUUCCAGGAGCCCAUGGGAAGGGAAAGCUUGCAGAAGCUCUGGCAGAAGUACAAGGUAGACAUCGCAUUCUUCGGCCACGUUCACAACUAUGAGAGGACAUGCCCCAUUUACCAGAACCAGUGCGUGAACACAGAGAGAUCUCACUACUCGGGCACCGUGAACGGGACAAUCAUGUCGUCGGCGGCGGUGGAGGGAGCCACUUAUCAGAUUUUAGCUCACUCCAGACACUUUGGAGCCUUUACAGAGAUUAUGACUAUGGAUUCGUCAAACUGAAGGCCAUCAACCACUCAUCCCUUCUGUUUGAGUACAAGAAGAGCAGCAAUGGAGAGGUCUAUGACUCCUUCACCAUCUCAAGAGAUUACAGGGAUGUAUUGGCCUGUGUUCAUGAUGGCUGUGAGCCAACCACUUUGGCUUCAUGA